CGCGCCCCACUCGACCCGCAGCAGGAGAGGAAACACCGACUCGCAGAGGAAAUGCGCGCGCAAAACCUCUGAUUCCACCUCCUCCACCACCGUACCUCCCAUCCUCCCUCCCUCCCUCCUCUCCUCUCCUCUCUCAGCAGGAGCAUCCCUCCCUCCAAACAUCCAAACACAAGCCGACGGGCAGCCUAGGCAAGAAGGCGCGUGCACACAAAAACACACGCACGGACGAAUAUUGACACAAGCCGGUCACGAUGCGCGGAUCUCCCCGCCGUGCAGGGACACGCGUGGGAUUUAUGGUGCUGCUGAACGCGCUGCUGCUGCUGCUGGUGGCGACGCAGGCUGCGGAGAGACACUCCACGGAGCAUGUCGUGGUCCAGUUGCACGAGGAGGCGCCGGAGGAGGAGGCGCACCAACUUGCAACACAACAUGGGUACCAGAGUGCUCGCAAGGUGGGCUUUGGAAAGGGGCUCUACCAUUUCUAUCCUCAGGAUUCUUCCGAGAGGCGGAGCAAACGAAGCAUACGAAGCAGACAGCGACUCCAGAAAGACAGCAGGGUGAAGAACAUUCUGGAUCAAGACGGUUUUGACCGUCAGAAGCGUGGCUACCGAAAUUUAGAUGACAUGGAAGUGAACAUAAGCGACCCGCUUUUCACCAAACAGUGGUACCUGAUCAAUACUGGCCAAGCAGAUGGGACCCCGGGGCUGGAUCUUAAUGUGGCCGAGGCCUGGCAACUAGGUUACACAGGCCUAGGAGUCACCAUUGCAAUCAUGGAUGACGGCAUUGACUAUCUGCAUCCAGACCUGGCAUCUAAUUAUAAUGCAGAUGCCAGUUACGACUUCAGCAGCAAUGACCCGUACCCAUUUCCACGCUACACAGAUGACUGGUUCAACAGUCAUGGCACACGAUGUGCCGGGGAAGUGUCAGCAGCAGCCAACAACGACAUCUGCGGCGUGGGAGUCGCGUACAACUCCAAGGUGGCAGGUAUUAGAAUGUUGGACCAGCCAUUCAUGACGGACAUCAUUGAGGCCUCAUCCAUCAGCCAUAUGCCUCAAGUCAUUGACAUCUACAGUGCCAGCUGGGGGCCCACCGACGACGGCAAGACUGUGGAUGGACCCAGAGAGUUAACCCUUCAGGCUAUGGCUGACGGUGUCAACAAGGGGCGAGGAGGCAAAGGCAGCAUCUAUGUGUGGGCCUCGGGAGAUGGCGGUAGCUAUGACGACUGUAAUUGUGACGGUUACGCCUCGAGUAUGUGGACCAUUUCCAUCAACUCGGCCAUCAACGACGGACGCACGGCGCUGUAUGACGAGAGCUGCUCAUCCACGCUGGCGUCCACCUUCAGCAACGGACGCAAGAGGAACCCCGAGGCUGGCGUUGCCACCACCGACCUGUAUGGGAACUGCACUCUGCGCCACUCAGGAACUUCAGCAGCAGCUCCAGAGGCAGCCGGAGUCUUUGCUCUGGCUCUCGAGGCAAACCCCGACCUGACAUGGAGAGACAUGCAGCACCUCUCAGUGCUGACCUCCAAGAGGAACCAGCUUCACGAUGAGAUCCACCAGUGGAGGAGGAACGGCGUGGGCCUGGAAUUCAACCACCUGUUUGGCUACGGCGUCCUGGACGCCGGCGGCAUGGUGAAAAUGGCCAAAGAGUGGAAGACUGUGCCUGAGCGCUUCCACUGCGUUGCCGGAUCCAUCCCGGAGAAUCAUAAAAUCCAGUCUGGCAACAAGCUGGUGCUCGCCAUCUCCACUGAAGCCUGCCAAGGCAAGGACAACUUUGUCCGCUACCUAGAGCACGUCCAGGCGGUGAUCACCGUCAACGCCAGUCGUCGCGGCGACCUCAACAUCAACAUGACCUCACCCAUGGGCACCAAGUCCAUCAUGCUGAGCCGACGGCCCCGCGACAACGACUCCAAGGUGGGCUUUGAUAAGUGGCCCUUCAUGACCACGCACAACUGGGGCGAGGACCCGCGCGGCACUUGGGUCCUGGAAGUGGGCUUCCAGGGAGACGAGCUCCAGCGCGGCGUCCUCAAGGAGUGGACGCUCAUGCUGCACGGAACACAAAGUGCCCCUUAUAUAGACCAGAAAGUGCGCGACUACCAAUCCAAGCUGGCCAUGUCCAAGAAGGAGGAGCUGGAGGAAGAGCUGGAUGAGGCCGUGGAGAGAAGUUUGAAGAGCUUGCUGAAGAAAACCAACUGAAAAAUUCCCGCACCCGCAUGUGUUGCUCUCAUCACACACCGUCUUGGGUAUUUCUUUGUUGCCCCCCCGCCUCGAUCUGCUUUUUGUACUUUCGGUUUUGACCUUCAAUGAAUGUUUAUCAAUAAAAGUACAGUAUAUCCUUCAGUAAUCUACAUAAAGAGACUAUAUCAUCAUUUUUACACUUGAACACACUGUCCAUACAUAAACCAAAAGAGCCCGCUCUGACACUUUAAUUGCCACACACUCUCUCGCUCUCGUUCUCUGUCUCUUCUGCCAAAUGUUGUACAGGUUGUGACCAAACGAUUCGGUGUCAUCCUAUUUCAAGUGUCUGUUUAUAUUUAUGUGACAUGCUCCGUUUUUAUGAAUGAGAAGGAGAGGAAUGUGUGAUUUAUUUGCAGCCUGUUCCCCGUUUUUAUUUGAUGAUCUUUGGUGUACGCCAUCAUAAAUCUACCCUGCUGUUUAUUAAAACACUCGAGUGAUUUGAAGCAGAACUUUGAAUUGUGUUGGGUGUUGGACCACGGAAGUAAAGAAUAACAGGCGGGCAGAAAGACUGUACGAUAGUUCAUUCAAUGGUCGACUUAUGAUUUCUUAAGAUUUUUAAAAUUUUUGUUUUAACAUUUAUGGAAAUGUAUAACAAUUAAAAUAAAAAUAUAUUUCAAACUCGC